AUGGUCGUGACGCAUCAACAUCAGAGACGCAGCGAGGUCAUUUGCAACGGUCUGCCUCUUUGGGGCGGCAUGCAGCUGGCCGUUGACACCACACUCCUCUCGCCGGUCAGCGGCGGGUGUGCCAGAGUGUGGUGGUGGGGCUGCACAGCCGGAGCCGCGCUGCGUGUUGCUGAGCGUGCCAGCAGGCCCGGACAUGCGUCGGGACGCCGGCCAGCCGCAAAGCCGUGCUGCCCCCAGCGCCGCAAACAGGCCACGUACCCCGAGCUGCAACAGGCCUCUGCACAGGGUCUCGUGGUCCUCGUUGCAGAAAUCGGCUGGCAAGCACAGGAGCGAUUCGACCAUUGCCUCUGGCGGAAGGGAGUGGCUGUCGUCAGAGGGUAUGGCUCCGGCGUGUGGCCCCGCUUGUGA